AUGGAGCUGAUAAUUGAUUUACCAGAAAGCAAAUUUAAUCUACCAACUUUGGAAGCAAAAACCACCUGUUACAAUUAUUUUUUCCAAAAUUUUAUGAACAUAAACAAACCUUGUAUAAUUCGCAAUAUAACAGAUGGGUGGGAAUCCUCAAAAAAUUGGGUAAAGGAUGGAAAACCUGACUUUGAAUAUUUAACAAAUAAAUAUGGCGAUUGUAGUGUUACUGUAUAUAAAUGCAAUGAAAAGUAUUUUAAUUCCCAAAAAACAUUUCCUUCAAGCUUCAGUGAUUAUAUUAAAUAUUGGAAGGAGUUUAAUAGAGAAACUCAGACUUUAAACUACUUAAAAGAUUGGCAUUUAAAACUUCAACACCCAGAGGAUAACUUUUAUAAUGUGCCAGUAUUUUUUGCUUCCGACUGGUUAAACGAAUUCUUAGUUGACAGCCAAGAAGAUGACUAUAGAUUUGUUUACAUGGGUCCUCAAAAUACAUGGUUAAACGAGUUAUUUUCAGAAAAAGUAAAAAUAUACAUACAUUGUUUUAGGACACCAUUUCAUUCAGAUGUAUUUUCCUCAUUUAGUUGGUCAGCUAAUGUUUGUGGCCAGAAAAGGUGGCUGUUUUUUCCACCAGGUGAAGAAAACCGAUUUAGAGACAACUUAAACAAUCUUCCUUUCGAUGUUGGUCCACAUGUGGAGGGAAGUAACUGUAUAGAAAUCAUUCAGAACCCUGGAGAAGCAGUUUUUGUGCCAUCAUGUUGGUACCAUCAGGUUUACAAUUUGGAAGACACAAUUUCAAUCAAUCACAACUGGAUAAAUGGUUGCAAUAUUCAUUUUGUGUGGAAGGCUCUCAGGGAAAACUUGUUAUUGGUGAAGAAGGAGAUCGAAGACUGCAAAGAAAUGCCCAAUUUUAUAGAACACUGUCAAGUCAUGUUGAAGGCCUCUUUUGGCAUGGAUUAUUUAAGAUUUUAUGAUAUGCUCAAGUAUGUUGCCUCAAAAAGAAUAUUAGCAUUGAGAUCAAAGGAAAAAAUAACCUUGUUUAAUGGCCAUAUUGUGGGGGUGAACCAUAUGAUUUUUGACUUGCAAGCUAUUCAACAGGUACUCUCUCUGUUUAGUAUAAGUGAGGAAGUGCUCAGGUUGGAGCAUUUUAAAAAUGUAAAUCCCAGUCCUGUAAACUUAUCAGAAGACCUUGAAAAAAGUUUAAGGGGUUUUUGUAAAUAA